AUGUAUUCCUCUCUCAUGGCCCUGGCUUUGGCAAUCAUCUGUCUAGAUUUUGUUAUGUUGGUUAAUGCCGGACUCUACAUCGUUGAACCCAGACAAGGGACCACAUGUCGAGGCGGCCAACCGUGUACAGUAACUUGGCUCGAUGACGGUACAAGACCGCUGCUAUCCGCGAUUGGAGUAUCGACAAUAGGGCUCUACACGGGCAAGCAGCAACUUGUCCAAAGGAUUACUCCUGUUGAUGUGUCCACUGCGCAGUCCCUUACGUUCACGCCGAACCCUGCAGCUGGCCCCAACUCGGAUGACUACUACAUCUCCAUUACCUCAACCACCCUGAAAGGAAACGAAAGCAUUCCCUAUUCUGGCUGGUCGGCAUGGUUCAGUCUUACUGGCAUGUCUGGCUCGUUUGACACCCCUCUGCCCGCCGUCACAUCGUCCAUCCCCAUCCCCGCCUCCUUAACCCAGACGUCAUCAGCAGUGACGUCCACGAGGACCAUCGGCACCCCUUCCACCUCCCUGAAGCCGCUGACGACACCGCUCUCCUCGAAGUCGGCGUCCCCAUCCUUCAGCACCUCGCGACUAUCGACGUCGACAUUACCAGCGGCAUCAACGACGUCGGCCUCGAGUGCCCCUUCAUCGUCGCAAUCAUCACUAUCAAGCACAAACGGAGCUACCGGUCGAUCUGCCGGACUGCCUCUCCUGUCGUUGGUGGUUGCCUCUGCGUUCAUUAUGCUUUUCUCAUAA